AUGUCGACCACAAUCACCGCAACAGCUCCACGCGAGUCAAUUGAAUUACAUCUCGUGAAUUCAAAAGAAAACAAUGACAGCAACCGCGCCCCCAAUGCUGCCUCCAUCCACUCGCAGCACCCCGCACCCCGCGUUUUCCGCUUCCAGCAGGUCAUGGCCAUCAUCCAGCUGUGCGGUAUCACGCUCAUGGGCAGCGUCAUCAACGGUCUCGUAACCGUCGGUCUUCCUGCAAUCACCAAGCAACUGGAAUUGCCGCCCAGUCUAGCCUUUUGGCCCGCAUCGGUAAACAGCCUGGCAACCGCAUCAACGCUGCUUCUCGCAGGAUCCAUUGCCGAUGCGAUCGGGCCGAUCUGGACGGAACUGGCCGGGUCGUUUACCAGUGGUGCCCUUAUCAUCGGACAAGGUGCAUCGACGACGGGUGAACAGCUGGUUGUCAUGCGCGCUCUCCAGGGUGUCGGUCUGGCCUUCCACUUGGCGUCGUCGGUGUCCAUUAUCACCCAGAUGCUCUCGCCUGGGAGAGGGCGCAACCUGGCCUUUUCGUUUCUGGGAUUGAGCCAGCCUAUUGGGUUCUCGUUGGGUCUCGUUCUUGGUGGUGUGAUUAUUGACACCAUUGGGUGGCGGGCGGGAUGGUACAUCUCUGGGGGGGUUACCCUGUUCAUGACGAUGAUCGGCCUUUGGGCAUUCCCGAAGAGCGAGGGCGCCCAGUAUCAGAAUAAACUUUUGAAUAUCAGGACUAGGAUCGACUGGGUUGGGGCUGGGAUUGCGUCGGUGUUCAUGGCGCUGCUGUGCUAUCUGCUCGCCAUUUUGAGUGCGAAUCCUUCUCAGAUCAAAACAGCCCAGAGUAUUGUUAUUCUCUGCAUUGUCGCGGCGGCCUUUCCCUGCUUCUUCGCCUGGUCCCACUAUCAGGUCAAGAGAGGCAAACCGGCUCUGAUUCCAAACAAAUUAUGGAAGAACAGUUCCUUCUCGAGUAUAUGCGCCACAGUUGCCCUCUCAUUCGCUGUGAUCAACUCGAUGGAACUGUUCGUUAGCUUGUUUUUCCAAGAAGUCCAACACCUGUCCGCACUCCAGGCAUCCAUCCGGAUUCUACCCAGUCUCGUUGUCGGCGUUCUAGUGAAUGCAAUCAUGGGCUUCUUCGUCCACAAAUUCCCAGCCCCCUGGAUCGUCUGCGUCACAUCAAUUCUCUGCGCCGGCGCCCCUCUGCUCAUGGCCGUCAUCCAACCCUCCUGGCCAUACUGGGGUAACGCCUUUGUCGCGCAACUCCUCCAGCCAAUUAGCGUAGAUGCCCUUUUCACCGUCGGACUCAUCAUGAUCACGGAUAUUUUCCCAGACAAUACCCAGGCUGUCGCUGGUGCGGUCUUUAACACGUCCGCCCAGUUCGGGAGCGCGCUCGGUCUCGCUGUUCUGCAGGUUAUCUCGACCAUCACGACGGAUAAGGCGAGUCAUAAGCCAGAGACGGCGGCGCUUAUGGAUGGGUACCGUGCGAGCUUCUGGGCUAUGUUUGGGUUUAUGAUGCUGUGUGCGGUUAUUGGGUACUUUGGGUUGAGGAAGACGGGGCGGAUUGGGUUGAAGCUGGACUAA